AUGAGGGAAGAAAACCAGUCCUCUACCCUGAAUUUCAUCCUCCUUGGAAUUAGUGAUCAGCAACAGCAGGAAGAUGUCUUCUUCAUCCUUUUCCUGUUUAUUUACCCCAUUACACUCAUUGGAAACCUGCUCAUCAUCUUGGCCAUACACUCUGAUGCUCACCUUCACAACCCCAUGUACUUUUUCCUCGCCAAUCUCUCCUUUGUUGACAUUCUCUUCUCGUCUGUAACUGUCCCUAAGAUGCUGGCAAAUCACUUUUUGAGCUGCAAAGCCAUCUCCUUUGGGGGAUGCCUAACACAGAUGUAUUUCAUGAUUGCGUUGGGUAACACAGAUAGCUAUAUCUUGGCUGCAAUGGCUUAUGAUCGUGCUGUGGCCAUCAAUCGACCUCUCCAUUACACAACAAUUAUGAGCCCAAAGUCUUGUAUCCUGCUGGUUGUUGGGUCUUGGGUGAUUGGAAAUGCCAAUGCCCUUCCCCACACUCUGCUCACAGCUAGUCUGUCCUUCUGUGGCAACCACGAAGUGGCCAACUUUUACUGUGACAUUACCCCUUUGCUCAAGUUGUCCUGUUCAGACAUCCACUUUAAUGUGAAAAUGAUGUACGUAGGGGUUGGUGUUUUCUCUGUACCAUUAAUAUGCAUCAUUAUCUCCUAUAUUCGGGUGUUUUCCACAGUUCUACAAGUUCCAUCUACCAAGGGCAUGCUCAAAGCCUUCUCAACCUGUGGCUCCCACCUCACAGUUGUUUCUUUGUAUUAUGGGACAGUGAUGGGCAUGUACUUCCGACCUCUGACCAGUUACAGCCUAAAGGAUGCAGUGAUAACUGUGAUGUACAUGGCAGUAACACCAAUGUUAAAUCCUUUCAUCUAUAGUAUGAGGAACAGAGACAUGAAAGCUGCCUUGGGGAAACUCUUCAGCAAGAGAAUUUCCUCAUAA